CAAAUCGGUAGACCACGAUUUGUGCUUGAAUAGAGGCGGCGUAUCUCGGCGUUCCGGCAUGGUUGCGCCGCCGUAUGGGUUUGUAGUGGUGGAGGUGAAGUAAAUGAAACCGGAGCGUAUAUAUAGUUGGGCUGAGCUGGACCGCCGUUGGUCUGAGUAGCAAGAGAGUGACUGGAAUAUUCGAAGGACGUGGAUUUCAUGUCGAAUGAAAUUGUGUGCUCGUGGGCCCCAUGCUCCAGAUCUUCGGAUACUUUGCCGUGAUCAACGGGGACAAACCGACGAACAAGGGGCGCACAAUCACACUGCUAGGUCUGCAUCAGAUCCCUCAAACGAUGAUUGAUACGAGUAAGUCUCAAACGGAAACAAACCGCUACUCAUCAGAUUGUAUUGUUGCCAGUUAUGUUUAUAUCCGUUGAAUAUGUAAUCGAAGACGGCACUUCAGUCUGCGUCUCCCCGACUCCCAGCAGAUCGUUGUCGACAUCACCAUAGCUAUCCUAACUCGGGAGUUUGAUCUUCAAGGCUUAUUAAGAUUUUAGAAUAACCAGAUUAUUUUUGAAGGCUUCAUCUAUUAUGAUAUUAUCUAAAGGCGUUUGCUCUGUGAACAAGAAUCGCGUCAUUAAUAAAUGAAGACAUUCUGUAGAUGUGGGUAAUCUCCAACGCAACCGCAAGAGGGAGAUUGCGUCGACUCGUCCUAAUUCACGCAAAGGCAAAGGUAAAGCGCGGGCCGAGUCUUCUUUUCAAAGUCGAGAUGAUUUUGAAACGGAUUACCAACGGAGAGAUGAUAUGAUGAUGUCCGACGAGCAUCUACAAAACCUAUUGUCCCAAAACGAUCCACGCUUUGCACAAGAACAACCCAUCCCGACAACCAUUGAUGAAGAGGAGCUCGAGGAUGACGAUGCGGAGGAGGACGCGGGGGGCGACGGGACUCACGGCACCCCGGAUGAUGAGCAAGACUUGGAGGACGAGGGCGGUUCAACCCAAACUGGUAAGAAAUCUAAAUCUCCUAUUAUUGAAAACAAUUUUACAAAAAGGAAAGACAAAAAUACCAAAAAAUGGUACGCAAGUUGCAAUCAUUGCGGCAAAGAGUAUAGCUUGGGAACUUCUGGCGGAUACGGGAGUCUCACAAGGCAUCUUAAGUCCGCCCAUCUUGUGGAGUAUGCGAAAAUAGACAAGGGCAAGGGGAAGCAAACACAAAUAUCGAGGUUUGCAAAUUCUCAACCCUUUGGUAAUUUCUCCUAUGAUGAUCAAAAACAUUUGACUGGUAUGUCUCAUUUAAUUGUUGAAGAAAAUUUACCCUAUAUUUUUUCCGAAAGUCUUGCUUUAAGAGAUUAUGCU